AUGACUCUGUUAUGGCUCACAUUGUUACUUCUUCAUCAAGGCUAUACAUCAGUCCCAGUGAUCACAGCUGAAGUUGGUCAAUCUGUGACUUUGACAUGUGAGUUUAAUACGAAAUAUCAGAGCAACACAUGGAUUUACUGGUACAAGCAGAGCGCUGGAGAUACUCUGAAUUUAAUCAUAAUGCAGCAACGAACAACAACCUCAAACUUUGGAUCACAAUUCGAUGCUUCAAGAUUCAAUGUAGUGAACAACGGGAACAGCAGCAUUCUUAAAAUUAUCAAAGCAGUUGAACAAGAUGAGGGAAUGUAUCACUGUGCUCAAAGGGACACACUUGAAUCUACGUGGAGUGGGACUUAUUUAUCAAUAAAAGGAUAUCAGAGGACAUCAAACUACACUGUUGUUCAGCAGCCAACGGUCUCAGGUCCCGCCCGUCCAACAGGCUCAGAGACUCUGCAGUGUUCGGUUCUCUCUGACUCUGAGAUCACAACCUGUUCAGGAGAACCCAGUGUGUUCUGGUUCAGAUCCAGAUCAGUAAAGUCUUUUCCUGACAUGAUUUACACCGAUGGAAAAAGAUCAGAAAACUGUGACAAUAUAUCUAACUCUCAGAAGAAAUGCUUUUAUAACUUCCCCAAGAAUGUCAGCUCCUCUGAUGCCAAGACCCUCUCCUGUGCUGUGGCCACAUGUGGACAGAUAUUAUUUGCAAAUGAACUGAACCUUGGAAAUGGUAUGACUGUGUAA